AUGUGCCCUUUUCUCCUUCUGCUGUGGGUCCUCGGCGCGACACCGGUAUUCAGCAUUUUCGAGGGGACAUGUUUGAAAAAAGAGCCUCCCCCCGGAGUGUUGGUGCUCUCCCCAGGCAGCAAUUUAGUCUUGUCCUGUGAUGGCGAUGUGAAAGUAGAUGGAGCAACAGUCAAAGUGACUAAACAUACAUCCAAUGACAGAAACACUUCAAGUGAAACACAGACCGGCAAUUUUGCUUUACUAAGAACACAUAUGAAGGUGAUAAAGGAUGAGAGUCAGGAGAAAGGAGCCCAGAGUGCUGGAAAUACAUCAUCCUUAACAUCAUCAUGGUUUCUUACGCCGACACAUACACCUCUGAAUGGAGACGACAUGGAUGGCAGCAAAAAGGCAAGGGGAGUAAAAGAGAAGUUUAAGUGGAAGUGGAACGGGAGGACAGUCGGGAAAGGCCUUUGGGAUUGGGAGGGUUUCACGUCAGCGAGGAGAGGGACGCAGCUCUCUGUGGCCUUGGUGCAACUGAACGAUUCCGGGAAUUACACUUGUCAACACAGAGGCCGCACGAUUUUCUCCUUGAAGGUCAUUGUGGCCGAUACUCCAGAAGUUCCCACCCUGUCCUGUUCCAAAAGGUCACCCAGUAGUAAGAUUCGCUGUGAUUGGAAGCCUCAGAAGCCAUUGGCAUUGCACCCAAACUGUUCCCUUCUCGUCAGUAAAAGGCCCAGUGACAGAUUCCAUCGGAUUCAGUGUUCCUUCUCCUCCCAGUGGUCUCGUUGCUGGUGUGUUCUGGAGCAUAACGAGAAUGAGCUCAGAAAGCCUCAUAUGGCCUAUUUGUGUGUCACAAACAUGGCAGGAAAUGCCACCAGUGCCAUAUUAUCUUUUACCCCUCUGGACAUUUUGAAACCGGACCCUCCGUCUUCAUUGUCAGUCCGACAGGACGUGAGGCAGGAGAGAAGGAUGUUUGUGAGCUGGACUUUCCCUACUUCCUGGAAGUCCCAAGACAGCUAUUAUGCGCUCGUUUAUGAACUCAGAUACCAACCUGUUGACUCAUCGUCUGCGAGUAUGCAGCUGAAGUCAAUUAAGGGCCGUCGCUCCUUCACGAUCAACGACGCGCUGCCAGGUGUGCAGUACAUGAUUCAGCUCAGAACUAAGGAGGAGUUUGACGGUCUAUGGAGCGACUGGAGCGCAACGGUCUAUGGCAGCAGCUGGAUUGACUCAAGGACACAAGAGACAAUUCCAUUUCUGAAUGAUGAACUCUUAAAUAUAACGUUUCCAGAGGAUGAUGGUUCUGGCAUAGACGAACCAUUGCCAGCAGUUCCCAAAAUGAGCGUUAGCCCAGUGAGAGCCUCGCAUCACAUCUUGUGGGUCUCGUGUACAUUUGCCGUCUUUGCUGUCAUUUUGGCUGCCUUUGUGUUCAGACACAAAGAAAAAAUCCUUGCCAAAGUGCACAGUCUGAGUGUCAAGCGGCAGUACAAAGGACCCGUCCAACCCAAAGCUCCGGUGCCAGCAGCACCAGAAGGUCGAGCCCUGGUAACCUUAAACCUUCCGUGUGACAAGGAUGAAGCCCCUGCAGGCGAGAAGGAAGAUGAAGUGGAGGAAAAUAUUGCUGAGAUGGAGAAAAGUAAAGCUAUUCACUUCGACAAUGCUAACUAUUUCUUAGUGCAGAAUGAAUGA